AUGGAAAAUGAAGAAAGUUUUAAUGAAGAUAUAUAUAAUGAAAUAUCUUUAUUGAAGUCAUUAGAUCAUCCAAAUAUAAUCAAACUUUUUGAUGUUUUUGAAGAUAAAAAAUAUUUUUAUUUGGUAACUGAAUUUUAUGAAGGAGGAGAAUUAUUUGAGCAAAUUAUUAACAGACAUAAAUUUGAUGAAUGUGAUGCUGCCAAUAUUAUGAAACAAAUUCUGAGUGGUAUUUGUUAUUUGCAUAAGCAUAAUAUUGUACAUAGGGAUAUAAAACCAGAAAAUAUUUUACUAGAAAAUAAGAAUAGCUUGCUCAACAUAAAGAUAGUAGAUUUUGGAUUGUCUUCUUUUUUUUCUAAGGAUUAUAAGCUAAGGGAUAGACUUGGUACAGCUUAUUAUAUCGCUCCUGAAGUUUUAAAAAAAAAAUAUAAUGAAAAAUGUGAUGUAUGGUCAUGUGGGGUUAUCAUGUAUAUACUCCUUUGUGGAUAUCCUCCUUUUGGAGGACAGAACGAUCAAGAUAUCAUAAAAAAAGUGGAGAAAGGGAAGUACUACUUUGAUUUUAAUGACUGGAAAAACAUAAGUGAUGAAGCUAAGGAGCUGAUAAAAUUUAUGUUGACUUACGACUUCAAUAAAAGGAUAACUGCUGAGGAGGCUCUAAAUAGUAAAUGGAUUUUGAAGUAUGCUGAUAAUAUAAAUAAGAAUGACCAGAAGACACUGUUUGGGGCUUUGUCCAACAUGAGGAAGUUUGAAGGGAGUCAGAAGUUAGCUCAGGCUGCCAUCCUCUUCAUCGGUAGCAAACUCACCACUCUCGAGGAACGCAAGGAACUCACGGACAUAUUUAAGAAGCUCGACAAGAACGGAGACGGCCAACUGGAUAAGCGCGAGCUCAUCGAGGGCUAUAACAUCCUGCGCAGCUUCAAGAACGAGCUGGGUGAACUGAAAAACGUCGAGGAAGAGGUAGACAAUAUCCUCAAGGAGGUGGACUUUGACAAGAACGGAUACAUCGAGUACUCAGAGUUCAUUUCCGUUUGCAUGGACAAGCAAAUUUUGUUCAGCGAGGAGAGGCUGCGGGACGCCUUCAACCUGUUCGACACGGACAAGAGUGGCAAGAUAACCAAGGAGGAGUUGGCCAACCUGUUCGGCCUGACCUCCAUAAGCGAGAAAAUGUGGAACGAUGUCCUCGAGGAGGCGGACAAAAACAAAGACAGCAUGAUCGACUUUGAAGAAUUCGUGUCAAUGAUGCACAAAAUCUGCGACCACAACACGCCCUGA